AAGAGGCGAAUCAGCAUGGCAUAUACCGGCUAUGAUCCGAUCAGCAAGAUCUGGAGCUGUGAGAAUGAAAGAUCUCACUUUGGAGAGGACCUGUCCAUAGGCGAAAUAAUAUUUCAGGAGAUGCAGCGUCAUCCCAAGGAUAUAGCGCAAAUAUCAGACUCGGAGAAAACGAUCCUCUUGCGGGAAGAACUUCUAAUGAACGCAAUGCGCAUUGCCAGUUUCUUACGCAACCUUGGACUAGAUCAGUCCGACGUCGUGGGCAUCAUAGCUAGGAACACCACACACAUCUCGGCUGUCGCAUACGCCUGCCUCUUCAAUGGCAUCGCUCCUCACUCCCUUAACGUUGCCUAUUUGACGGAUAUUAUCGAAAAGCUAUUCCACAUCACCAAGCCCCGUAUUAUCUUCUGCGACGGCGACGAGUAUGAGAAAGUGCGAGAGGCCACCGCCAAGUUGGAUGUUAAGAUUGUGACAAUGCGUAACCAUCCAACGAACUCCAUCCGAAUUCAGGAAGUUCUGCAGACACCUGUGGAGCUAGGCUUCCAACCCGCUCGUCUCAAAUUGGGGAAUAGCCAGCAAAUGUUCAUUCUUAGCUCGUCCGGAACCACGGGCACUCCUAAGGCAAUCACCCUGUCCAACAGCCGCAAAAUUCUCAACGGCAGCACCAAGCUCACCACUGCGGAUGUUCAGUACGCAUCCAGUACACUGGACUGGGCCUCGGGACUAGUGGCUACCAUCACCACGGGUGUCUUCAGCACGAAACGCAUAAUAUCGGAGAGACCCUUCGAUCCGGCUGAUACCCUGCGCAUGAUCGAGGAGCACAAGGUCACAUGGGUGCUCCAAGCCCCAGCGCAAAUGGCGGCGCUUCUUAACUGUCCGGUCAUUGAGAUGGCAAAUCUACAGAGCUUACAGUAUUUCAUGUACGUGGGUGGCCGCUGCACUCUGGAAACGCAGCAAGCACUUCGCAGUCGCUUGGGGAGGGAUUGCCUGAACUUCGGCUAUGCUUUUUCCGAAUUGGGCUGUUUCUGCUCUCUCAACUGGAAGUUCGGUGAGAAGCCCAAUUCCGUGGGUCGUUUGACGUCGGGUCUUAAACUGAAGAUUCUCAACGAAGUUGGUGAUUCGUUGGGACCCAACGAGGUAGGUGAGGUAUGCCCUAACACUGGAGAGUUCUGGCCAGGCUACUAUGGAAACCCGGAGGCGACGAAAAAGGUUUACGACAAGGACAACUGGAUAUACAGCGGUGACUUGGGCUACGUGGAUGACGAUGGCUUUCUGUAUAUCGUCGAUCGUAAGAAGGAUCUGCUGAAGUACCAGAGCAAUAAGUAUUAUCCUCACGAGCUGGAGAACUUGAUCUCCCAAAUGGCGGGCGUGGCAGAAGUCUGCGCCUUUGGCAUCUGGUCUGAGGCAAAUGGGGACGAGGCUGCUGCCGCUAUCGUCAAGAAGCCAAGUGUCCAAUUGACUGAGCAGGAUGUGGUCGACUUCGUGGCGCAGCAUGCAAAGACCGAGUUCCUGAGACUCCAUGCCGGCGCCCUAAUCGUUGAGGACUUACAGCGUAAUCCCAAUGGUAAGACCAAUCGAAUGGCCACCAAGAACAGCUUCCUUCAGGCCAAGGGUAUUAAAUAAGGGGGAGUAUUG